UCAUCGUCGUCUAUAGAGAAUAUUUUCAUCGUCGUCUAUAGUUUCUGUUGGCUCUCAUGGCGUCAUCGGCGGAUCAAAAGGCGAAGAUAAUAGACGGGAAGGCGAUUGCUCAGACUAUUCGGUCGGAGAUCGCCGAAGAAGUUCGCGGGCUGUCGGAGAAAUACGGCAAGGUUCCAGGACUGGCUGUAGUCAUAGUUGGGAGCCGGAAGGAUUCACAAAGCUAUGUGAGAAUGAAGAGGAAAGCAUGUGCCGAGGUUGGCAUUAAGUCUAUUGAUGUGGACCUUCCAGAGGAUGUGUCUGAAGCAGAUCUCAUAAGCAAAGUUUACGAGUUGAAUUCAAACCCAGAUGUGCACGGGAUAUUAGUUCAACUCCCAUUGCCAAAGCAUAUUAAUGAAGAGAAUGUUUUGGGUGCAAUUAGCAUUGAGAAAGAUGUUGAUGGUUUCCACCCAUUGAAUAUUGGUAAGCUUGCCAUGAAAGGGAGAGAACCUCUCUUCCUUCCAUGCACCCCAAAGGGAUGUCUGGAACUCUUAGUAAGAAGCGGCAUAAAGAUAAAGAGUCAACGAGCAGUUGUUGUAGGUCGGAGUAAUAUAGUCGGAUUGCCUGUUUCACUGCUAUUGCUCAAGGCGGAUGCUACCGUUUCAAUUGUACACUCUCGCUCUCAAGACAGUGAGAAGAUCAUACGAGAAGCUGACAUCAUUAUUGCCGCAGCUGGGCAGGCAGCCAUGAUUAAGGGCGACUGGAUAAAGCCCGGGGCUGCAGUCAUUGAUGUCGGGACGAAUGCAGUGGAUGACCCGAGCAAGAAAUCGGGAUACAGGUUGGUGGGAGAUGUGGAUUACAAAGAAGCCUGUAAAGUCGCGGGUUACAUAACUCCAGUCCCGGGAGGCGUAGGCCCCAUGACAGUUGCAAUGCUGCUCAAGAACACCUUGGACGGCGCCAAGCGGGUCAUCGGUCAGUAAGACUUGGCCUGUUUAGUGCAAAUAAGUGACCCAUUUCGCGACCCGUCAAUGACAUUUUUCUCGGAAACCUCGGCUUUGCCUUUGGAUAUUUGUGCUGUUUUUGUCUAUUGAAUUCGAUACUUUGUACAACCUAAGAAUCUUCGUUCAAAGAUGGGAGUUUAGUUCUUGGACAUUUUGCUGA